UUUUGAACCAUUUGAAGGUUUAGAGUUCGAAACGACCUUCAUUGGCUCGUUGCUUGAUAUUUUGCUCUACUCAGUUUGAUACUGUUAGAGGGCAUUCAGUGUUAGAAUCAUCGAAAGUUAUAUUUGUAUACGAUACUGACGCCCUUGAGUGAACCAAUUAAAAUGAAAAUAUCUCAUUGUGGAUUUUCACACGAAAUUAAAGGCGCACUUCAGCAACCGGAAAAUAGGAAAUAAAGGCAAGGAAGAGGGAAAUAAAAGAGAAAUCCCGAUUCUUCAAGUUCUUAUUUUCAUACUUCAAUAUUCUAUCUAACCUCCCAAUGUUUCUGAGUUCACUCUUUGCGGAGUCGCAUAUAUUUAAAUAUAAAGGGUGUGAUCCAGAUGAACAUGGAACUCAUAAGGCAAUAUCUUCAAGUCAGUUGGGAUGCUAUUCCAAACUUGUUGAGUAUGAAUUAAUUAGAGAGGUUAUCCUUGAUAUGGCAUAUGAGUAUGAACUUAACCUAUUGACCUGCCAUGAAAGUGAUAUUUAUUGUACAGUGGCUAGGAUAUGGACUGAAUGUCAUGUUUCCAAGGAAAUUGAGGAAACAUGUUUUUACAGUAAAGAAGAUUGUGGAAAUAAAAUUAUCAGUGAUAUCCUUUCGAUAUUGCAUACACGGAUGGAAAAGAAGCUAGAUGAAAGACUGGUAUUAUUUGGUGACGACAAUCAAGAUCAAUCUCAAAGCAAUCAUUCAGUUGGAGUUGAGAAGCUUCAAAAGAGGAAAAAUGAACUUUCUACGGAACUUAGAAGGUUACAGGCAUCAUUCACAGAAAUCGUAUCGAGGAUAUGCAGUACAUCUUCCCGUUUAUUUCGCGAAUAUCGACACUUGGUUUGGCCACGAAUGAGUCGUCAGGCAUUAGCAGUUUUAACUGAACAAGCCAAAGCUUUACUUUUGCGCGUCAAAAGUUUGCAGAAAUCCAUUGAAUAUUCUGCUUCACAACCUUCAGAAACCUUAAAUAUCCUAAAGGAGAUUCAUGAAUGAGAACACUAGUAGGGACGACCAAAUGUAUUCAAGUACAAAAUUACAGAAUCUGAGAACCAUAAAAUAAACAUUUCAUUUGCAAAAUGUCAAUCAACUGUCUCAGACUUGAUUGUCCCUUCGUUUCCACACCAAUCAUUCUCUGUUCUCGUUCUCUUUCCUUCGAUCUUUUUAACCUUCUGCUCCCAGGCAUUUCACUUUUGAUUGGUCAUAAAUACUACUUACAUCUGUCGACAUCAGUGACACACACCACAGUAUUACUUAUGUAUUACGCCAGUAUUUGUCACUCUGCAACUCUACCAGAUGUUAAUAUAAAUCGGUAAACAAAUUAGUCUUCAGAUUAGUCAAACCUCUGUAAAAAGCCUCACGACAAAUUGUCUUAUACAAACCAACAGAGACGAAAAUCUAGUACUUGAUGAAUGGAUAGAUCGAUAGACAAGUAUUUACUGCAGUGUGAUAACAUCAUUCUUAUUUUAAAGAAAUAACAAUCAGUCUAUAUCUGAUAAACCAGGCUUUCUAGGUGUAAUAACUAUUAAGAGAUUGAAAUCACGCAUUCAGUAUGUAUAUAUAAUUUUGACUUCUGUUCAAGUUGUAUUUUAAGGGGUUUAUUCGUGCGGCCUAUAUAUUUAUUGAUUUGACCUGAAAACAGGACUAUUGGGUCUGUGUGUAUUACCAAUCUGUUUCAUCUAUUGGGGAUUGUAUGCAACAUUAAUAUAUGGAAAGUGUAAUUUGCAAGAAGUAUUGUCUGUAUGUAAUAAAGCCAUGGUAACUAACAAGAUUAUUCGGGAGAAAUAUACAUGAACCUGGCUGACCUUGGCCUUCGAAGGACCAAUGCACUCGGUCAACAGUGUUACUAGAAGUUCAUUUUAGGACCUAUAUCUCAUCUUUUGUAUAUCUGAUCUCUUUCUUGCAAGGAGCUCAUGUAGUUCAGUGCAUCCCAAUAUAACAUUAGCACAACUUCGAAAUCAUCAUGAUCAUUAUUAACGUUUAUGUUAAUAAUUUAUGAACCUACAUAACGUUCCUUUUUUUUAAUUGUAUUCAAGAGAUAUACCAUCUACUGAUCAGAUGAUUCACCUUUACAAUAACUGUUCUUACUCUAUAAUAAACAUGUGACUAUCGUUUUGGUUACUUAGCUUUAUAUUGCUAGUCACUACCCAAUGGCUUUUGCUUAUAAACCACUACAUUUUCAUCGACUCGCGAUCCCUUUCGUUUCAACCACAACUGUUAUGUACAAAGUAUUCGAAAAUUUCUAACUAUUAGGUCGAAUCGGGUAGUUGUUGGCUUAGUUAUUUGCUUAAGCACAUUUUUCGUUUCAAGAUUCUAUUUGUUCUACUAAGAAUGAUUGUUUCUCGAUCAAUUCUUAUUUGUUUCUUCAUUUAACCUUUUUAUCUUUCUCAUAUUGUUUCCUUUUAUAUUUUUACGUCACACUAUUCUUCCUCAUUCUAUGUCUAGCUUUUAUUUUGUUUUCUAUAAAGUUAUUGUACCGUAUAUUAGUAAAUUAUUUUUCUUUUGUCGUUCUGCUAGGCAAAUUAUUCGUGUUACUCUAAUUUUAACUUACUAGUUGACUACGAUUUUGAAUAAGUCAAUGUAUAAAGUGGUAGUUUAAAUUUGACUUCCAACCAAUCAGUUUGAGCUUGUAACUUCGCUUCAUUCACUUCAGUUUCGGGCAACAACUUAGUAUCAUUAACCUUCAAUAAGAGUGUGUGGUAAAUUUAUGCACGGAUUUCUAAACUUGGUUUCCAAGACGCAUUCAUUAAUAAUGGUAAUAAUGUAACUCCCGAUAAAUUUCCGCAAAUAAUGUGCAUAUUAGAAGUAGACUAUGUAGGACGUAGCAUAAACAUAUAUCGUUCCAGAUCGUCACAUCUCACAGCAGCUCAAUAAAAGUGGAAAUUAGUAACUUAAAGUAUAGUGGAGGCGACAAAAUUUGCCUCAAUAGAGAGCUAAAUAUAAUAAAUGCAGUUGAAAAGAAAAUUUUAUCCAUUGACGAAAAGUGUAAGCUGAUACGAAGCUCAAAGUAUAGAAGGAAAUGGUGAAUAAGUGGGACUGCUCUGUUGUGAUUAGUUUAGUGUCAUGCAACCUAACAUGUUUAAAAAUAAAUUACGAUUAUUUCUCAGAUCUAAGCAUGGAAAUUUAGAACUACCGAAAGUAUGUCUUCGUGUCUACCAAUUCUAAUAUAUUGUUGAUGGUUUAUGAAUUAAAUUUAUUGAAUGCUGACAAUUCCUGGCUUUGGAAAUACAUUUUAUCAUAUUUUUAUUAUUUAGCAUCGAACUUGCUAAUUCACGUUGUGUUUUACAAACAGAGGUGAAGGAAUUAGAAGCAUUGCUUGCUACAUAUGAAAAUAAAGAUGGCGAGUAUCACAAGUUAGUAAAAAGAUAUGUUGAUUGUCAACAACAAUUAUCUUUACGUUCUACACUAUUACACGAUACUGAUAAUGUACAGCUUAAUCGAAGAUCACAUAAGAACUUUUCAUGCCGUCGAUCAUUGAGUGCUGAUGUUAUGAAUCGUAAAUAAUUGGUUUUAAAAGUUUUGUAUAGUUUGUUUUCGAAAUUUCAGUCAAAUAUAAUGUUUUGUAAUAUUGAUGUUUUCUUACUAUUUUUUCUAAAGUUUAACAUUUUUUGUUUGCUGCUGUUCAUCUAAGUUAUUUAUGAGUACUGGAUUCACAACAACUAUAGUCUCACUUUUAAAUGUGGUCCACUUCGGGAUAAUUGGUUGAUUAGUAUUGAAAAUCAUCUCACAUUGAUUUUAGCCUCAAAUUAUAUAGUAAAAUCAAUUUAUUUGAGUUAAAAUCGCUAUACUAAGUCGAUAUUAUUACCUGAUGGAAAAUACUUACCUUAACUGUAACUGAUUAUUUAUACCUUAUUCAUCCAUACCCUG